AUGAGCAUGGCAACACAGCGUCUGCUGCCUCAGGGCAUCUACACGCCCAUCCCGACGUUCUUCGACGAAGAUGAGGAGCUGGAUCUCAAGGCUCUGUCCAAACACAUCCAUUUCACGGCAUCGGCAGGCACGAUCCCCGUUGUCGCCGGGUCUGCUGGAGAGGCAGCGCAUCUGUCCCCAUCAGAACGCACUCUCCUGAUCAAGACGACCAGGGCGGCCUUAGACGAAGCCGGGCUCCCAUAUGUACCCAUCGUAGCCGGCGUCGGCGCACCAAGCACCCGGGAGACGAUGCAGUUGGCCCGGCAGGCGGCCGUUGCCGGCGCCGACUUCGUCAUGGUGAUCCCACCGGGCUUCUACGCUGCCGCGCUGCAGGAAAACCGAGGCGAGGCUCUGCGGGCCUUCUUCGUCGACGUGGCUGAGGCCAGCGCUCUGCCCGUCAUCGUCUACAACUUCCCCGCCGUCUCAGGCGGGAUUGAUCUCGACAGCGAUCUCAUUGUGGACGUCGUACGGCGAAGCCCGAACAUCGUCGGCGUGAAAUUGACGACAUGUGUCCGCCUCUGGGAGCUUUCAAACUCGCCUGCGGGGUCAAAGGCAUACGCCGAGGCCCAAGAGCUGCAAGGCAAGCUGGCGCUUGCCGACGGAUUCAUGCAGAAGAUUGGUUUUGCCGGGAUGAAGAUGCUUUUGCAUAAGCUGUUCGGUUACGGCCCUUUACCGAGACGACCACUCCAGCCGAGUAGCUUCGCUGCUGGCGACGACUGGCUGAUGGAUCCCUGGCUCUGCGAAGUCCUAGCAGAAGAGAAAAGGCUUGGACUGAUAAUAUGA